AUGACCAACGAAGAACCUCUUCCAAAAAAGGUUCGACUCAGUGAAACAGAGUUCAAAGUUAUGGCACAAGAGGAGUUAAUUCUAAGAUGGAAACAAUACGAAGCUUGUGUUCAAGCUUUGGAGGGCAAGUACACAGAUCUUAACUCAAAUGAUGAAACAGGCUUAAGGGAGCCUGAAGAAAAACUAAAGCAACAGCAGCAGGAGUCCGCACGCAGGGAAAACAUCCUUGUAAUGCGACCAGCGACCAAGGAACAAGAGGUGCAAGAGCGUACUACUCAGAGUCAGUACCUCAAGCAAGUCCAGCAGCCGAGUGUCGCCCGAAUGAGAUCAACAACGGUAGACCCAGCGACCAACUUGUUUCUCCUAAAAAUGAAAGGCGAACUGGAACAGACUAAAGACAAACUGGAACAAGCCCAAAAUGAACUGAGAGCUGGAGGUUUACGCCUGAUAGAGGCUUGA